UCAGACGUUACGCAGAUGACAAAAUGCGGAAACGGGGGAUUACUGUUGUUUGUUGCGCACCCUGCAGCUCGAUGUUGACUUAUAAUAAAGUCUGUUAUUAUUUUCGUUGAUAUAUUACUGACAGCUUACACAUUCGAAGAUGUUGUGGACAAACAAAACACAACGGAGCGACAGAACGAGCUAGUUGACGUUCACAACAGUUAACAAAGUUCGCUUUGAGUUAGCCUAGCCGCUGUAGAGAAGCCUGCACAGAAGACGAAGACCGGUUGUUGAUGUUCUAAGCAAGGAUCAAGGUCUCCAAUGUAAACUCUUCAGGCUGAGAGGAGAAGCUCUGCCAGUUUCUCUGUGAUGAUGGACAUUUAGUUAGUCCUAUCAAUACUCCAAUGGAAGCUCCAACUAUAGCUGCCCCUCCUCCCAUCUCCUCCACCCUGCCUCCCCCGAUCCCCCUGCGCCCGGCCGUCGCCCCCUCAGUCCAGCUUGGUUUCACUAUCCUCUACACCACUCUGUACGCCGGACUGUUCCUGGUGGUGUACGUCCAGCUCUGGCUUCUCUACCUGUACAGACACAAAAGAUGGAGUUACCAGAGUGUCUUUCUGUUCCUCUGCCUGCUCUGGGCUGCCCUCCGCACCACCCUGUUCUCCUUUUACUUCUGUAACGCUCUGGAGGCCAACCACCUUCCUGUGGCAGUCUACUGGCUGCUUUACUGCUUCCCUGUCUGUCUGCAGUUCUUCACUCUCAGCCUUAUUAACCUGUAUUUCACUCAGGUGGUACUCAAAGUGAGAGAGAUUUAUAGCUCAGAAGUGGACAGAGGACUGUGGCUGGCAAGAUGCAUGUACGGUGCAUUGAGUGCCACGUUCCUCUGCGUCAAUGUGGUCUGUGCGGCUCUCGGGGACAGAGGUGCUGGCAGUGGGUCAGGGCAGAGGACCUGGAAUCUGGUCCUGGUUCGAGUUCUAGUCAACGAUUUGCUCUUCAUCCUGGAUGCGGUGUUACUGGCCGCCUUGCUGUUGCUCCUGACCAGACACUCACGCUCCACCAGCCCUUACCUGAUCAGCAAGGGGACCACAGUGUGCCGCACAGCUGCACUGGGAGCAGCAGUGAUCUUGUUGUUUGCCAGUCGAGCCUGCUACAACCUGACAGUCCUCAUUCUGUCUCAGAACCACCGGGUUGAGUCAUUCAACUUUGACUGGUACAACGUCUCUGACCAGGCUGACUUGCGUAGUGAACUGGGUGACAGGGGCUACCUGGCCUUUGGGGCCAUCCUCCUCAUAUGGGAGCUGCUCCCGACAAGUUUACUCAUCCUCAUUUUCAGAGUGCGCCGGCCUGCGCAAGAGACCAGCAGCAUGGUCGUCAACAACCGGGUCCUACCUCGUCCGUAUUUCUUCGAUGACCCACAAGGCAGCGACGAGGACGCACCUGUUCCAUGGGCACGCAGUUCAUAUCCACACGCAAGCUGGUAUGGCUCAGAGACCGCUCCUCUGCUGUUUACCAGCAAUCCUCCAGACCAGAGCCACCAGCACCACUCGUUCUAUUCCACCCCCCAGAACUGACUGACUCCUCAUGCGUGUUAAAGCUGUCAUGUCUUCGAUGACGUUCAUCUGAAAGGACAAACCACUCACAGCUAGCUACCAGCCCGUAGCAAACCCCUCUGCCAGCAGUUUUUGCACUGAAAAUCUCAGGAAAUCAUCACCAAACAGUGAAUAUGCACCUUACAAUUUUUGAACAGAGAAUAUAUUUAAGUCUUUCUCAGCUCAAAGGGAACAAACUUGGUGGGAAAAGCCCUAACAGAUAUGAAUGAUCAAACAUUACGCUCAGUGAUCUCCCUAUAAAGGUUAAGCUGCGAUUUAGACACAAUUUCUCAGCUUUUUGUUGCUUGCUGUAAAUGAGUCAAGUCAUACCAUUCCUAAAAAUGUCAAAUUUUGCUUCGUUAGCAUUCCUUAUUAGAUUAAUACAGGUUAUACAGUGUAGCCCAUAAGCUCGCAGCAUGUGGUUACCACUGGUUACAUCCAUUGAGGAUAUGAAUUUGCAGUUUAGUUAAAAAGGUAACUUUUCUCUUACACAUCAAGUGAAUAGGAAAUUGAAAUACAAAUCAUCAACUGCUUCUUUUUGUUUCUUUGAGACCUGGCAUUUCUUUUAACCUCUAAUAAAUAAUUCCACAUCAGCAGUUUCCCUUAUCUAUUCUCAGACCUAAACACCACUGCAGGUAUUCACAUUGCUCAACAGUUGUUCUUUUUGCUUUUGUUUGGCAAGUUUCCCUUUGGAUCAGCAUCUGCUGUUCUUCUGGUUUGUAUGUCACAUUUGCAAAGUCUUUCCAUAAUUUUUUAAGUUGAAUUUAAAGUUGAUUUUGAUUUUUAUCCUCUUCCUGUGUAAUUGUAUGUUGACGUAAGUUUAAGUUAUUUUAUGACUUUGGUUCUACCUUUUAAUUGUAGGUAAGAGAAAUCAAGUGUUAUUCCUCUGUAUGUCGUUAUUGGAAUGAGGCUUCCUCAUAGUGAGUCACUGGCCCGUGACUUCAACCUAACCACAUGACUGACAUUUUCUGUAAUCAACAAACCAAUAAAAACAUCAAAAUGAG